GCGUCGCGAGCGUCGUCACAGAGAGCGUGAGCCCGGCAUAGAGACGGCAAGUCCUCUCGCUCCAGGCGUGGAAACAACUACAAACUAGACAUCAUCGACAAGCUCGACGUCACCGGCAUCUACGGCCCUGGCUCAUUCCAUCAUGAUGGCCCGUUCGAUGCAUGCAACCCUCACCGCAACCGCAAGGGCUCACGCGCAGCCCCCAUGCAGGCCUUCCCCAAGGACUCCCGCAACAUGGCCAUCGGCGGCGCCGGGCCAAAUAACAACAAGCUCGACCUCAACCAGAUCCAUGGCCGCGGCCAGGAGGGCUACUCGGACUUUUCCACCGGCAUCUCCAGCGGAUCAGCCAUCUCCUCCUCCGCCAUGAAGGCAGACGCCGCCGUUGCUUUCAACCCAACCAGCCAGAUCGAACAGGUCCACAGCGACAUCAGCAUGGGCCUCGGAACUUCCACCUUCCUCGAGGGUACCCCAGCCAGCCGUGCCGCCAUCCAGCGCAAGGAGUCAGAGUCAGACACCAUGCAGGCCGGCCUCCAACGCAAGAAAUCGCUCGCCCAGAAGAUCCGUGGCAUCAACAACCGCAGCAUCAGCAGCGGCAGAGUCAUGUCUCCCGAACCGCUCCUCCAGCGUCGCCCCUCAGAGGCCGCCGACAACCCGCCUCGCCAUGCGCCCCCUCCGCCGCCACCCCGUGCCACAAGCUCCCGUCGAGCAAACACAAACGACAAGAACCCUUUUUUCUCCAAUAACAGCAGUUCCUCAAAUAAUAACGCCUUUGGAAGCUCCAGCCAAGACUACGAUGAUGCAUACGACAUGAAGUCUGCCAAGAUCCAGAACCACAGGCUCGUCGACAGUGAUGAUGGAUAUGGAGGGCGGCCCAGGGCCAUGAGCAGCCCCCGUGGCCGGCCAGAGCGCAAAGAGAGCAGCGACGGCAUGACCAGCCCGACUGCAGAGGACCCCAAGCCUGCCUCUGGCUUCAUCAGUCGCGUCAAGAGCUUGAGAAAGCCCAGAGCCAGGUAGUACUUGCUCUCUACCUGUGUCUAGUCUAUCGUUGCUUUUUCCAUACCACUCCUUAACACUGUUACUCGCAACUGACGACCAUGUAUCUUACCUCGCAUAUCACACACACACACACACACACACA